AUGGCGGCCAAAAAACUCAAGAUCGACCCUCCCCUUCUCAAUUCAGCCUGUCCUUGGGCCACCACCCUCGAAGACAUCAAAGCCCUCUAUGACACUCCUUACACAGGCGCCGUCACGAUUCGAACCUCUUUGCUGGAAGGCUUCACCCAUGACGACUCUGUUCAUCAAUACAUCUUCUUCACCCCCGGCAAGACCAUCCCCGGGGACGCCCCAAAGGGUGAGGCUUCGAAACCCUCUUCGUCAAACAGCCCAUCAGAACCAGUAUCGACCCUCAACACGCUGGGCUACUCCCCACUCACUCUCUCCGAAUACCUGGGCAUCAUCAACGAGAUCGUCGGCCAGCGCCACCUGGGGACCGACACGCCGACCAAGAAACCAUUCAUCCUGUCCGUCACGGGAACACCAGACGAGAUUGCCAUGGCCUAUGCUCUCAUCGCCAACGCUGCAGAAAUGGACGAAGAUCUCCGUCUGGCCAUGGAGGUCAACCUCUCGUGCCCCAACAUCGCAUCUGCCCCGCCACCGGCAUACGACAAGAAACAACUAGACGAGUACCUUGAGGCAAUCAGCGACUCCAAAUCCACCUACCGGGGACGUAUGGCAACUCCUGAUUCGGUACCAAAAGUCGGUAUAAAGCUUCCACCGUACACAUAUACCGGUCAAUUCGAAAUGGCCGUCGACUCUCUGCGCAAUGCCAAGUCCUCUGAACCAGGGGAAGGCUCUGUGAUCGACUUCAUCACAUGCACAAAUACACUGGGCAAUAGCCUUCUCCUCACCUCGAAUCUCGACCCAGCACUCAGCAACGAGUCUGGCAGCGGGCUGGGCGGGCUGGCGGGAGCAGCACUCCACCCUCUUGCACUGGGCAACGUCGCCACCUUCCGAAAACUGCUCGAUCGAGAUCCCUCAACCAAGGACAUCAUGAUCAUCGGCGUUGGAGGCGUGGAAGACAAGGAUGGUGCAGAGAGGAUGAGGAAGGUGGGAGCAGAGGCUGUCGCGUGCGCAUCGGCACUGGGCCGGUAUGGGGUCAGUGUUUUUGAGCGUAUCACCAAAGGUGCAUGA